AUGAAGCUCCUUUUUCCUAUCUUUGCCAUCCUCAUGCUUCAGUACCAGGUGAAUACAGAAUUUUUUGGUCUGAGAAGAUGUUUAAUGGGUUUGGGGAAAUGCAAGGACCAGUGCACUGUGGAUGAAAGAGAAAUACAGGAAUGCAAGAAGAGAAAAUGUUGUAUUGGACCAAAAAUAGUCCAACUGAUAAAAAAGUACCUGCAAUAUGAAAUACCCCAAAUACUUGGUGAAGAUGCCCAAGAAAUACUAAAAAUUGCCAAGAAUUCUAGUGGUAUUUUAGAAACAAAAUAUAUUUUAUCCAUUCUCCCCAAAGUCAAAAAUGCCAGCCCUUUGGACAACACCAAUUCUGUCAUCAUCCCAAAUAUCACCUCUAUGAACACCACCACCAACAGUACCAUGCCCUCAGGACAUAUCACGUAUAUUGCUACUUCUACCAAGAAUGACACCAAAAAAAGCAGAGAUUCUGCCACCGCCUCCCCGCCACCAGCACCACUUCCACCGUAG